UCUCAAUCUUCAUUUUCUUUUUGCCACUUUCACCAUCUUCUUCUUCUUCUUCAACCCCUAUCUUUGCUCUUCUGAACUACAUACAUCAGCUCGAAGGGAAAAUUGAGCUUUUUUUCGUUUGUGUGAUUGUUCAUCGAUAGUAAGUACUAAAGUUAAGACUUAAGCGAGAAGCAUGAAGGAGAGUAGUGGGAGGAAGCAGGGGGCAGCCUCGCCGUGUGCAGCAUGCAAGCUCCUAAGGAGAAGGUGCGCUCAAGACUGUGUAUUUGCUCCUUAUUUCCCAGCUGAUGAACCCCAAAAGUUCGCCAACGUACACAAGGUGUUCGGUGCUAGCAAUGUCAACAAGAUGCUUCAGGAGUUACCAGUUCAUCAGCAAGGCGACGCCGUUAGCAGCAUCGUAUAUGAGGCCAACGCCAGGAUACGUGACCCGGUUUAUGGCUGCGUGGGAGCGAUAUCAUCACUGCAGCAGCAGAUAGACACCCUUCAAACGCAGUUGGCACUGGCACAGGCAGAGAUGGUGCACCUCCAGGUGAGGCAGACCACAUCCUAUCAGCAUGGGUUUGGCACUACAAGCCCGAGUGUUAGCGGGUCACCACCAUCCAAGCUCAUGGGUUCACAAGGCAUGCCCAUUUUUUACAUGGAUUUGGUAAUGGACCAGGCUAGCCUGGGAGAGCCCAUGUGGUCAUGCUAACUUAAUUAUGUACGUCUCUCGGGUUACAUUUUUAUAUCCAGUAAUUUUUAGGCAGCGGCUAGGCUUGAAGU